UAUUGAAUGUUGAUAGUUGAGGUUAUGUAUGUUGUGUUGACUGUUACAUUGAAUUCUACUUCGUGAAUGUGAUUGUUAUAUUAAUGUGAUUGAUACUGAAAAAUAUAUGUCAUCUUAGUAAAAUAAAUUCAAUUAAAAUAAUUUAUGACAAUGCGAUUAAAGAUCUUGUAUAGUUUUUGUAAUAAGAUUAUAUACCGUUCAUCUAUACUUUCAGUUAGGCCAAAUUUGAUUACUAAUAUACCGAAUAGGUUGCUGGCAUCUAAUGGCAGUUUCAAGGAUGACGACCUUCUGAUGUUCUUUAAAGAUGAAGUUCAAACUAUACUCAAGAGUUUAACUGGAUUUAACAUGGAGAAAGUAUUUAUCAGUAGAAAAUUAGGUGAAGAACUGGAACCACCUAAAUAUAAGUUCAUGACAACAGAACAAGUGGAGAAGGCCAUAGAGAAGUCCAAGAAAGAGGCUGAAGAACUUUUGCAGAUGCCUCCUGUUGUCCCAGUGAGAAAGGAAAUUGACGUCGUUCUCUCUAAAGAUCCAGAACUAAUUGGUCACAGUGAAUCUAAAUUUGUGUUUACUGACAUAUCCUUUGGUAAAACUGACCGGACAAGAACGAUCGUUGUCAGAGAUUUGGAUGGAACACUCCGUAAAGCAUACUGGUCAGAAAGAAGAAAUGCCAAUCAAACAUACUUUCCUCGACCUGGGAGACAGUUCAAGGUGCCAAAAAUGUUUCAGCCAGAAUACCUCCAGCCCAUACUGGAGAGAGGAGACUACAUAUUUAUUCUGGACCGUGCUUGUGUAGAGUUUGAUGCAGAUGACCCUGAGUACCACCGGGUGACUCAAGCAACUUACAAGGCGGUAGACGAGAAACAAGCCUACGGAUCUUUGAGGUUCACUCGACACUUUGGUCCAAUGGUCUUCUACCUUGUCUUGAAUAAAAGCAUUGAUAAUAUGCUUCUGGAAAAUCUUAAAAUCGACAGGUUGGAUGAUGCUGCAGCUUUAAUUAGUCUCUAUCAUAUCAUCCAUCCUUCAGCCAAAUCAGCAGGAACCAAACUUACACUUGGCCAGGAAAUUGCAUUUGUUAAGGUAAAUAUGUAUGUUGUAAGUAUUAGCUUACUUGUCAAACAUGAAAUAGAUUAG